CUCUCCAUCCCCUUCAUCCCUCAUCCUCUGUGCGCAUGCGCCCUGCAUCCCUGCUCCACGGCAGCAGCAGCGUGGCGGUGACGUCAGCAGGUCCGGGAGGGAGGAUGAGCAGCAGCGGCAGCCUGAACGCACGAGCGAGGAAAAGACAGCAGAGAUAAAGAGCAGCAGCAGCGCUGCAGAGUCUCCAGCACAGCGACCACCAGCACCCUCACCCUCUCCCCGCAGACAUGGAGCUGAAGAAGUCCAUCUCAGACGGAGAGAAGGCGCCCAGGAGCUACGGGGCCGUGCGCAACACGGACUGGAGCAAAGACAAAGCAGGUCAGAUGGACGUGUCCAUGGCCGAGAGCUCCAUGUCUCCAGAUGAGAUCGAGGUGGAGAUGGCCCGGAUCCAGCGGCUCAGGGAGGUGCUGGUCAGACGGGAGUCUGAGCUGCGAUUCAUGAUGGAUGAUAUUCAGCUGUGUAAAGACAUCAUGGCCUUGAAGCAGGAGCUCCGCAAGAUUGUAGUGGUUCCAGAAAAGGAAAAGAGCAAGAAGCAGCGGCAGAAGGAAGAAGAGCUGAUUCAAAAGAUCCACAAGCUGGUGGAGAAGAGGGAUUUCCUGGUGGACGACGCAGAGGUGGAGAGACUGAGGGAGCAGGAGGAAGAUAAGGAGAUGGCAGAGUUCCUCAGACUGAAGCUUAUGCCACUGGACAAGCUGGCCAGAGUCGCACAGAGUCCUGCAAAAGUGAAAAAGCCGAUCCCAGAGCCUCCCACGAACAAGCCCUCCAUCACCAAGACCAGCGUAGCCAUCAUUAAAGACUGCUGUGGAGCCACACAGUGUGCCAUCAUGUAAACUCCUCAUGUUUCUCUUCAGGCUACAGUCAGUAUGUUUCAGGAAAAGAUCUUACUUGGGGUUAAUCAGGUUGCUGUAGACACGUUUUCAUUUUUUUGUUUUCUUCGGAUUCAGCAGACUUGGUGCCAUCUUUGAGUUUGAGGCCAACAUGUUUUAGAAGUGCCAUUACUCACAUGAGAAUGGAUAAGCAUUUUCCACUCUAGAACUCUGUGCUACAUGCCUCUAAAACCUGGGGAACAUUAACGUGUACUUUAGCUCUAAAGAAAUUGGUCAGAACGCCGUACCGUGAUGAAACAUCCCAGUUAAUCCAAAAGAAUGAGAAUUUAAGUUCUUUUGAGUACUGGACGUUGAACAUAGAAGAACUUCUGAUGUUUUGUCUGGAUUUUUAUUGAACUUCAAUAAAUGGUAGCUGUUCCAGUGUCAGAAAUUAAUGAAGGCCUAAGUGCUUAAGUUCAUAAUAGGUCUCUCCAAAAAUAUAUAUAUAUUAGGGUUUUGUAUUAGCAAGAACUUGGUGAUACAAUACGCAUCAUGAUUCAAUAUAUCUAGAUACUGUAAGUAAAGACAAUUGUUUACAUAACAUAAAACACAAAAAUUGACUAAAAUAUAUAUUUUUCUUUUUAUCCAGUCAUGGCAAGAGAACAACACUGCUUGCUAGUGGUCAGAGUUCAAGCAACACUAAAUGAACCACUGUCUGACCCAAACUUUAUACAAUACAGUAUGAUAUAACAAUAUAUUGCAAUUCAAUACAAUAUAAAUAUGUUAUUGUGCUAUUAAUACAGAUGUGGUACAUUACAUUUUUUUUU